UCCUUGUUGUCCUUUCAGUAUCCAGUUAUCAUCUUCGUGUUUCCCUCGCCGGCUUCUUCGCCGAAGAGAAGAAUCGCCACGAUCUCCAAAUCGCUCAUUGAUUACGUGCUGGAUGAUUGCGACUCAAAGUCCGGCUGUUUGUUGCCGCCGUCCGCCGGAAAGGAAAUCGUAGAAGGCUCACGUGGUCUCUUCUCUCCAGCCUCUGCGGCCGCCACCAGAAGUUGAAAGUUUCACCACUUAUACUAGUUCUAUAUUUUGCAAGCUUAUCUCUUAGUGUAGAGCCAUAGAAAAUUCAAGGAGUAAGAAAUCUCUGGGGCAUGGAGAAUGCGUAUGAUCAAUCAUUGCCUUCUGAAUUUGAUGCAUACUCACAUUCACAUACUACGUCAGAUGCUGCACCUAUAGAUCCACCUGCACCUAGUUCUCCGCUGCCUCCUACAUACAAUUGUGACAGACAGACUAAUGGUUCAGCAAAUCUUUUCCCUAUCAGGCCCUCGAAUAUACCCUUCCCUUCAGCUCAAAACUUUCUGCAUUCACAACCAUCUCUAUCCAAUGGGCCCAGCGCUGCACCUAUUCAAAGUUUGCAGGUGGAAAACAUUUUUAAUUUAUCAGAACCGCAUCUUGAUAGUGAAAAGGUCCAGAUUAUCCAGGAAAUCAUUCAUGAUAGCACUACCAACUCUAAUUCUAAGCUCCACAAUAAACAUCCUGAACAAAGUUUACCCAUGCUAAAUGAUCAGAUCUCUGGUGCAGUGUCACAAAUUGCAGAGUAUGGUAUGGUAAAUCAUCUAGGAUCAGUAGAUAACAGCUCUGAGCUGCCCAGUGCUCCUGAAAGGGUUGAAGAGGAUCCAGAGGUCAAAACAUCAAAUUUAUGUAGUGAAGAUUUCAGAAUUGAGACUGCUGCUGAAAAAGCUGUACUACAUAAACAGGAAAUUAUUACACAAGAAAUUAUAAAAGUUCAAAGUCAAGUAGAGGGCAGAACUGGAUCUUUGGAUGACAGCAAAGAUAUUAUGUCUGGGCGCUAUGAUCCCAAUGCAUUAAAGGAGCACUUAUUGAAGAUGGCUUCUGAUCAUAGGACUGAAAUGACCAAUAAACGUGGAAAGUCGAUCCACCAUGACAAUGAUUUCUGGUCAGGCAAUGUUGAAAUUGGUAAUGGCUAUGGAGUGCCAGGUGGUGGUGCAUAUUAUGCUGCUCCAUCAUUUAAUGUUCAGUCCAGGAAAACCAAAGAUGAAGGUCUUAGUUUGAGUUCCUCAAUUGAAGUUUCAGAAUCAAAGGUUGCUCAAAAGGAGUUACCCGAAUAUUUGAAGAAGAGAUUAAAAGCAAGGGGAAUUCUUAGAGACGUUAAACUUGAUGAUAGUUCCAAGUUAAUUGAAGAUAAAUUGGAUCAUCAAAAUGAUUUGGCAAAAAGUGUCUCUGCGUUACCUAUUGGUUGGAUUGAAGCAAAGGAUCCGGCGACUGGAUCUUCCUAUUAUUACAAUGAAAAAACUGGAGAAAGACAAUGGGAAAUUCCCAGUGCAAAUGAUAGCUAUAAAGUUGCUUUAAGCCAGCACCCAUUGCCCGAUGAUUGGCAAGAGGCAAUUGAUAAUUCUACUGGACAAACAUACUACUAUAACGUAAAGACACAUAUCUCGCAAUGGGAGCGGCCUGCUUCAAGUAGACUUGACUGUUCACAGAACAGUGUGCACAACGUUACUCAUGGACAUUACUUUAGAACCGAGCACUUAUAUCCCAAUCAAGUGAAAAGAUGCAUGGGUUGUGGUGGAUGGGGACUUGGCUUGGUCCAAGAUUGGGGCUAUUGCAAUCACUGCACACGGAUUCACAAUCUCCCAUUUAAACAAGAUCCGGCACCUUACAUAGUAAAUGAUCAACACGGAAAAUAUGAUGCUAGCUCAGGAGAUCAGUCAGGGAAAGCAAUUCCCAAGCAUAGGUCGAGCAAGCCUCCACUUGGAAAAGGCAAUCGAAGAGAUAGGAAACGAACAUUCUCCGAGGAUGAUGAAUUGGACCCAAUGGAUCCAAGCUCUUAUUCAGAUGCUCCACGCGGCGGGUGGGUUGUGGGCCUUAAAGGGGUGCAACCACGAGCAGCCGACACCACUGCUACUGGUCCUCUUUUUCAGCAGCGUCCCUAUCCUUCUCCCGGUGCCGUCUUGCGGAAGAAUGCCGAGAUUGCCGCACAGAGCAAGAAACACGGAUCAAACAGUCGCAUGAUGCCAAUAUCCAAGAGGGGGGAUGGAAGUGAUGGACUUGGAGACGCGGAUUGAACUUCAUUCAGCAAGGCAAUCCUACUGGGGAUUUCCUGGAGAACACUCCCUGGAAAGAUGAACAUCACAUGCCCGACUGCAAUGCACCAUUUUUCCAUCAUCAGAGAACGUAAAACACAAGCUAAUGUAAAGGAUCGGCAUGUAUGAGAUUCAUAUGCAAGUUUAGUAUAUGUUUUUCUCCUUUUA